UUUCAGCAGCGACGCGGUGGGACAGUAAGCGCUUUCGUCGGUGGACCUACACCGUAUUAACAAAACCGUUUUGCGUGCUUAGUCUCUUUUAUUAAUAAAUCGGCUUAUUAGAAAAGAAGAAGAAGAAGCUUUAACAUGUCGGCUGAAGCAACACAAGAGAAGCCAGUCCAAGGAAAUCCAGUAAACGGAAAGGCCAGCCACGAGCCCAGGAAGGAGAGGUCAUCAAAACGUGGAGGCGGAAGAUUCGAGCCCUAUGGAAAUCCCUCCAAGAGAUACCGUGUUUUUGUGAGCAACAUCCCAUAUGACGUGAAAUGGCAAGCGCUGAAAGAUCUGAUGAAGGACAAAGUGGGUGAGGUAACGUACGUGGAACACUUAAUGGACGCAGAAGGCAAAUCAAGGGGUUGUGCGGUGGUUGAGUUCAGGACUGAAGAACUAAUGAAGAAGGCUGUGGAGAAGGUCAACAAGCACAACAUGAAUGGACGUCCCCUGAAAGUGAAAGAGGAUCCUGAUGGGCUGAUUGCUCAACGUGAAGCUCAGCGGGCACAGGGUGGUGGUGGUGGUGGACCACCUGGAGGCAUGGGUGGGGGCAUGGGCGGGGGCAUGGGCGGGGGCAUGGGCGGAGGCAUGGGUGGGGGCAUGGGCGGAGGCAUGGGUGGGGGCAUGGGCGGAGGCAUGGGUAUGGGACCAGGACCUGGACCCGGUGCUCCACCUAUGGUCAACAUUCCUCCCAGUCUCAUGAACAACCCAAACAUCCCCACUGAAAUCAUCCAUGGCCUUCAGGCUGGCAAGAUAGGAAGCACAGUGUUUGUGGCAAAUCUUGAUUAUAAAGUGGGAUGGAAGAAGCUGAAGGAGGUGUUCAGCAUGGCUGGAGUAGUGGUCCGUGCUGAUAUCCUAGAGGACAAGGAUGGAAAGAGCCGGGGCAUGGGAACAGUCACCUUUGAAAUGCCCAUUGAAGCCGUUCAAGCAGUCUCCAUGUUCAACGGACAGCUCCUGUUCAAUCGGACAAUGCAUGUUAAGCUGGACGAGAAGUCUUUGCCUAAGGGUGACUUUGCGCCUCCUGAGAGACCGCCAGCUCUACCUCGUGGUCUGAGUGGAGUGGGUCUGGGUCUGGGACCAGGUGGGCAGCCUAUCGAUGCUACACAGCUGAACAGAGGUGGAGGGAUGGGCAAUAUGGGGCCUGGCGGAAUGGAUGGAAUGGGAUUUGGUGGCAUGGGUAGAAUGGGAGGAAUGGAUAAUUUUGGAGGUGGAAUGAAUAACAUGGAUCGUUUUGGACCAUCUGGAAUGGGUAGGAUGAAUGAUAUGGAUCGUGGAAUUGGAGCUGCUUUUGAUCGAGAAUUUGGUGGUCGCAGUGAAAUGGGCAUGUCCCGUAACAACUUUGGGGACUCCUUUGAUAGAGGAAUGGGUAACUCCAUGGGAAUGGAUCGCAUGAGUUCCGGCAUGGACCGACUUGGGGCCGGUCUGGACCGCAUGGGGAUGGAUCGCAUGGAUCGCGUGUCUGACCUGGACAGGCUGGGGUCUGGCUUUGACCGUAUGGGUUCAGGCUUGGACAGGCUGGGGCCCAGUAUGGACAGGCUGGGGCCCAGUAUGGACAGGCUGGGGCCCAGUAUGGACAGGCUGGGCUCUGGCCUGGACCGCAUGAGCUCCAGCAUGGACCGCCUGGGUCCUGCUGGCUUUGACCGCCUAGGCCCGUCCAGCCUGGACCGCAUGAGUGCAGGCAUGGAUUUUGCCUCACCCAUGGGUAUGGAUAGAAUGAAUACAAGUCUUGACCGAAUGGGCUCUGCUGGGCUCGACCGUUUCCCUGCCCCAGGGAUGGACCGCAUGACCUCCAACCUGGACCGCAUGGGAGCUGGUGGCGUAGGAGGACAGUUCGACAGAGGCGCAGAUAUGGAUCGCGGUAACUUUGGCAACUUCAGUUCGGCGGGUCAAGGUGGACCAGGUGCUGGAGCCAAUGCCAGAAAAGGCUGUCAGAUCUUUGUCAGAAAUCUUCCCUUUGACUUCACCUGGAAGAUGCUGAAGGAUGCCUUCAAUUCAUGUGGUAUCGUGCAGUAUGCUGACAUAAAGAUGGAGAACGGGAAAUCAAAGGGCUGCGGUGUGGUUCGCUUCGACACUCCUGAAACGGCAGAGAGGGCUUGCCGCACCAUGAACGGCUAUCGGCUCAACGGCAGAGAGAUUGAUGUGAGGAUCGACAGGAAUGCGUAAUCCACUAGGAAUGCUUUCCCAGAUGGACUUCUUCCAGUCCCUUACCAAGAUUCCCUAGUAGUUUUUGUUCAUUAAAUUUGUAUUAGUGCAAAAAUGUUGUGUUUUUAGUUUUUGGCUGCUUAACUUUUUUUUUUUUUUUAGAGACCAAAUUUUAUUUUUCUUACCCACCCCACUUUAUGCUUUCCAAAAAUGGCCUUUGAUGAAGGUUUGUCAAUAAAUCUCAAGUACUGACA